GUCUGUGGGGCCCUCCGAUGGAGACCAGACCAAAUGGUGGUGCCCUGGGUGGUAACGAUGCAUCCACCUUAUCGCGGUGGACCUUCGAGAUUUCGCGGCGGUACCGGCACAUCCUGUACAAGACGGUCCCACACAUUGUGAGCCGCUGGAUCGGAUGCCUGGCUUUGAUGAUGCUCUACGCCGUACGCGUGUACUUGGUGCAGGGCUUCUACAUCAUCACCUACGGCCUCGGCAUCUACUUGCUGAAUCUGCUGAUGGGAUUCCUUUCCCCUCAGGUGGACCCCGAGUUGCAGGACGGCCCUUCCCUCCCCACCCGUGGAUCCGAUGAGUUUCGCCCUUUCGUUCGCCGACUCCCAGAGUUCAAAUUCUGGUACUCUAUUAUGAUGGCUUUUAGCAUUGCUUUUGUGAUGACAUUCUUCACUGUGUUUGAUGUGCCUGUGUUUUGGCCAAUACUCCUUUUCUACUGGUUUACCUUAUUCAUCCUAUCCAUGAAGAGACAGAUUUUACACAUGAUCAAAUACAAAUACGUUCCUUUCUCCUUCGGGAAACAGCGAUAUGAUGGCAAGAAGGCGUCUUUAAAAGAAAGCACCAACCUUCCUAUGCAUUAAAUUCAACAGCUUUUUACUGAAUUAGCUUU